AUGAGAAAGCUUCUGCAUCAUGGGAAUGCACUGAAGGUAUGCCAUUAUACCUGUAAACAAUGCAUGUACAUUUAAAUUGUACAUAGAUCGUGACAAUUCAAGUUUUUGAGGUAAAUUUCAGUGAAAUUCUGAUCCAGAGAAAGGAAACUUGUUUAGUUUGAAUUAGCAGGGAAUUUGAAUUAUCUGAGUUCGAGUUAACCGAGUAAAUAUAUGACUGAAAGUUGGGGUAAAAUCCAAGGAAAUAUAAGGACUAAGUUUGAGCUUGCCUGGAGUUUGAGUUAUCCGAGUUCAAGGUAUUGAGGUUCUACUAUAUUUUCUUUUCCUGUAUUUUUUUAUUCACAGUUGCGGCGCGAAGGUGCCCGUCUUUUUAUGCUGUGGUUCCAGGCAUUGCAGGAAAAUUCAGAUGAAUUGUGUCAACUCAUGUAUGCAUGCAUGAUUCCUGGUUUUCCAAAUCCCAUUGACAAUGUGGAAUGGAAGAGCAAGAAAAAGCUAUCAAGAGCUGGUGCUGAAGAAAUUUUUAUGUCAAUAAAUGAAAGUGGCUACAGGGACCAGCCCGCCUCUACAAGCAAUUUGCAUUUGUCAUCUGACAAAGAGAGUGAUGGUUGGUUUGGUUCUCACAAAAUAAUCUCAACCCUCAUGUUGCAGAAUACAAUGUACUUGUCUGAUAUAUGGCUCUAAAUGUGGAAAUUUGCGUCAUUCAUAUAUAAAAAAAUACAACUUCUACUAUGAUCCAGAUUUUUUUCUCCUUAAGAUAAUCGUACAUGUAUUUUUUGUGUAACCACAAGGAGCAAAAAACACAUAUAAAAUAGGGGGGUCACCGUUCUUGUUUCAUUGCAAAACUACAACAAAGAGACAAUUUCAACGUCAAAUUAUUAUUUUGCGCAAUGGGACUGGGACAAGUUUUCAGAGAAUCACCUUUUUAGCCAGGUAAGAAUUAUCAAAACUGCAAGUAAAAGCAUUACAGGUAGGACUACAAAAGGGGCCAUAAUUACCUCUUUUUAGACAACUGUUGAAGAUCACCACACCCUUUGAAGUUGCAAUGUUACAUGUAUAUGCAGUGCAAAACCAGAGAAUCACCUUAAGGAGACAUUUUGGCGAUUUUGGUGCUUGUAUGUGAAAGUUCAUUCUUGCUAAAUCUUCUUUUUUUCAGACUGGUGCUUGCAAGAUGAGGUAGGACCGAUCUUUCCUGCCAACACCACUGAGAGAUUGCCACCACCAGAACUCUUGACAAAGUUUUUUCUGGACAAAGUUUUGGAUUGUAUGAGCACCCAGGUUUGUAAUGAAAUUACAAAAUAAUUGAGGAAUUGUAUGAGUUAGUUUUGGGAUAGGGGGUUGCAGUAGAGGUAAUAAAGGUACAAAAUAACUCAACUUUGGUGGAGGAGGGGGGAUGGGUAGGGUGGGGGUGGGAUUAAGGGAGAUGGCUUAUGAUGUAACAAGUCUUACUUUCCUUCUGCAGCUAAAUAAAAAUUUUUCCUCUCUUUCUUUAGCUUGUUCUUGUCGAGUGGGAUGACAAGAAAACCAGGGAACAUGCAUUCUACUUCCUGUUUGAAAACUUUAAAAGGUUCUAUCUGCCGCAUAUCUUUGAAGAUUUUAACCCUUCAAAAGCAUUAUAUGAUUCAUCACCAGGUAAGUUAGCCAUCUAUAAGUUAAAUAAUAACAAUUUCAACAAUAACGCACGUAACAAUAGUUAUCUAGAAAGAUAGUUUUACUCACAAUACUUGUGAGGAAUGGCAAAUCUUGGCUAGCUAGUCUGACAACAUGUGCUUUGAUUCAUAAGAGACCUUUCUGAAAUUAAGCAAAGUCCCGUUUACAUUCAGCACAGCAAUCUCAUCUUAUGUGGCAGAUCGAUUUCUGACUGCAAAAUAUUCACAAGAUACAUCGUAAUGACAGUUACAUUUACGUGCACGUACCCCCUGAGCGAGUGGAUGUUGGGUUGAAAUAAUCUUAUAAUAAUGUCUGGAAAAGCGAACAACUCAAAAGUAAAUAUUAAAUUUUCAGUUUAAUUUCAUUCAUACAUUGUUUUAUUUACCUAUUUUGAAAUAUGUGUACUCACUGUCUUGUUAAUUCAAUAUGUUGGUGUUCGUGCAUCUGUUUUCUUUAUUGUUAAGUUUCAACCCUGUUUUGUUGUUUUUUUUUUUAAACUUUUCCUUCCCGUCUUGAUUAGCUAGGCUAUUUCAUGGGCAAGGGUCAAUGGUUAUGAUAAUUAUAUAUCCAAAGUGGCUUUAUUUACCCUGAAGUUGAACUUGAACAUGUACUUGUAAAAGUUAUUACAAUACUUGUGAAGAACUUGUGAAUUUUGGUUACUCUGGCAAUCUGCCAUGUAGUAUAAUAGUUUCUCUGCUGCAAUUAUGUACUUGUACAUCACUUGACUUGUUCCUGGAUGGUCUCUGGUUUGAAUUCUUUGGUUUGGUUCCCUGUGAGCAGGGGUCCUUUGAUUCUUCCUUUUCCACACUAUCCAGGAAGAGUGAUAAACUCCUGCUCAUGGGGUAAGUGCAGGGUGCAAAGAAAAUCAGUUUUACAGCCUGCCAUUUGGGCAAGCUGUAGAUAGCAUGUACUAGCCCACAAGUCAUUUCAACUAUCCCCAAAACCCUUUUUGAUUGGCAGGAUUGAUAACAAUCCUUCUGUAAUUUGAACCUCCCCAAAAAACAGCACUUGCCCGUCAGGCAAGUUAAGAACAAAAAACACUAGCCCGAUAGCAAAAUCCAGUAGCCCGCGCGCAGGCUAUCGGACACGACUUUCUUUGCAUGCUAGGUAAGUGUCUGGGGAACCACAUUUUUUAUCUUUCCUUAGUCUGUGAUUAUAUAGACAAAGGAAUACACAAUAGGUUCUGUCUUGAGCUUUAGGUAGCUCAGGCUCAUUCUGCAUGUUCAUGUACUGGUACACUGAUUACAUAAAACUUAAGACUCAAAGAAAACAGCGAUACUAGUUAGCUCCUAGUGAAACCUUAUUAUUUGGUUCUUAACCUUGUGUAUUUCGUGUGUAUGUAAUUUGUUCCAUUUCACACAGGGGAAAGGACCCUUUGUGUGAAGAGAAUUGGUAUUUUUAGAUAUAAGGGAGUCACAUCUCUUGAUACGUACAGUAAUAAUGAGAUUUGCAUCUCUGAAGUCAAAAGUUAUUUUUCGCAAAUUAAUGAUGGCGACAAUCUGAAUAGUAUCAGUUUCAACUGCUGUUCACAAGCCACAUACAGUUGAUUAUUGAAAUCAUUAAUGGUAACUUCAAAUGUUUAAAAGGUGCUGCUGUGUGAUUAUCAGUUACAGCAUAAUUGACAUGAUAACUGCAUAACUGUCUAUGUUUAGAAUAAUUUUAGUUUCAGUGGCUUAAAUCCUGAUUUAUAGUGGCAUACAUGUAAUAAUUAAUAACUGCUACUUUGUCACUAUCUGCCUUUCAGCUGCACAAGUUCCACGGAAGAGGAGCAACAGUGCUGGCAGGGAAGCAGAGCAAAGAAUGAUCAGUGCAAGAGACUCUGUCCUCAGAUGGUUCGUUGCCUUCACUUUUAGAUUCAAGAGGUCUGACAGUGUCUCAGAAUCGCCAAAUGUGAAUCAAUCAAUAGUAUCAAUAUCAUCCACUGAAGGUAGUGAGCCGGGUUCACCUCCGACAACAGGUGGAGCCAUUCAGUUUAGUCCAGCACGCAACAAAGAAUACUUACAUGAUGCCAGUGAUGUGAUCAGAAAAGUGUUGUUCUCUACCCGCUCAAAUAGAAGACUGCUUCAUGAGGUUCUACGACAGGUACGUUUACAUUGUAAAAAAUGUGCUUGUUACUCCAAACUAGUUUCAGUGGCUAAAUAGACUAACAACCAUAAACUGUCCCUUCUGCCUAUCUACAUGUAAUCAAACAAUACAUCUGUUUGUAAGCCCCCCUCUAGCUUGUUUUGAAUGAAAUGGAUAUGUUAUGAUGGAUUGAAGCUUAAGUAACAACCGGUAAAUGCAAAACGUAUGACGGGCACUGCUGCUGUUGCUUUUUCUUUCCCCCUCAGUUAUUAAACGUCCUCUGUUUAUAAGCCCUUCUCAAACCCUGGCUUUACAAAGAUGCAUAAACCCUGGGCUUGAACAUGUAAGCAGCAGCUUACAGUAGCUCCAGUCACUAUCAAUUUAUUUUAAUUGUCUAGGGGCAGAUUUCAAUUUUGAAAAAAAAAAGCAUUUGUUGUUUGAAGGUACAAUUAAUGACCUUAUGCAGUGAUAAUGGCAAUGACAAUGGCAAUGACAACUUCAAAAGGUUUGAUAAACAAAAUAACAACUUUGCACAUACGCCACUUGGACAUCUCCCAUAAUGCAUCUUAUUUGCCUCCCAAAAUUUUGCAUAACCUUUGUUUUUCAUUUCUCCUGGAUAUUCCAGCUGUCCCAACAGAAAUUGAAAACAAUGCUUAUGCAAAACUUUGGGGGGCAAAUAAGGUGCAUUAUGGGAGAUGUGCAAGUGGUGUAUGCAUUGCACUUUUUGGUAAAUUCAUUGCUGUCCUCUACAUGACUGAUAUCUGAAAUUUCAUAAUGCAAGGUUCUGAAGAGGAUAUUAUGAACACACAAAAGUGACAACAAGUAACAUUAUCGAUCAACUUGAGAAAAAUUUGGCUACAACUGACAAACUGGAUUGGCUGAAAUCCAUGUACACGUAUCAUGUCAAAGUGCUUAAUGACAUCAAAGUGAUAUCAUUUUGUUGGUUGGGUAAGGCCUCUAAUGACACUUAAAGGCUGGUUUUCACUAGUGACAGAGUCGGAGUCGGAGUCAUAAGCAGAGUCAUAAGCCCGACGAAAUCAGAGUCAGAAGAAUUACAACGUUUCUGUUUCCUUCCGACUUUGCUUCCAACUUCGCCCCUUACAUUCUGCUUAUGAUCUAGUGAAAACCAGAUUGUCAGAGUUGGAAGCAAAAGUGGAAGGAUAAACCAAUCACAAUGCACGUUCCCUGGCUUUGUGAUUGGUUUAGUUCUUCCACUUCUGCUUGUGACUCCGACAACCCAGUUUUCACUUGAUCGUAAAGGACAGAGUCAUGCAUGCUGUAAUUUAAUUGGAAUCGGAAGAAUCAGAAUGCUGUUUUCACUAGAUCAUAAAUUUUUAUGCUUCUGAUUACGACUCCGCCUCCAACUCCUACUCGGUCACUUCUGAAAACCAGCCUUAAGAGUGGGCCUACCAGGUGAAUAUUGACUUUGAAGCUUAACAAUGAAUUUUUAUGAGGAAGACUUGAAGGGAGUUGGGGUGGAGAAACUUGCCACUUCUGUUUAAAAAUGAGAGGAAAACUGGGCCAGGUUUACUUUCACAAAGACUUCUGGGAUUGUUAGUGGUGACAAGGGAAAAAUAAUUAUUAUUGGCCAAUAGCUGAACGACGCAUCCCCAGUAAUGAUCCAAGAAACAAUUGCGGGGCACAUUUCAGUUCCAGUUCCCUUCUAAUUUCUAAAGUGGUGAAUUGUGUGAUUUAUUAAGUUACUUUGAUUUGUGACAUUUCCUUGAAAACUAAGGAAGAACUAGAAUCUAGAUACAUUUACUCAACGGGACCUUGGUCAAUUAAUUACCUUUGUGUUGUUUUCAGGGAUUUCUUCUUCCAGCCAAAAAUCUAAACACCGUGCGGCAGGUACUCGGGGUGUAUCAUGAUUGGAUUAAGGUGAGCUAGUGGUAUAAGCAAUGCAAAUAUACUUACUGAUGUGCUUUUACUGUCCAAUUUAGAAAACCAUGAACACCUGAAAAACUUCAGGAAUGUAGAUUGUGUAGUGACCAAUCACAAUAAAGGUCACUGGGGCAUGUAGCAAAUCGCAAAACCACACGCUACAUGUAAUUACUGUUGCUCAUGUUUGUGGUUUAGUUUUCUCACGCCUUACUGGCUUUUUCCUCGCAACACAUCAUUCCGUUUCAUGUUCAUGGUUUUGUGAGUUUCACAGUAAUAAGUGAUUGUUCGGUUUCUGUGGGGGCAUGAACUUGGUAAUUUGUUUGUCUAUUAAGAAUUGGUUAAAUUUAUUUCUUUGUUUAUUAAUUUGAUCAUUCAUACCAGUGUAUUCUUUGCCUGUGCAUACAUACAUAUUGGUUCUAACAUUCCAAGUAUGACAGUCUUCAUUUGUUUAUUAGGAUGUAGAUCUGGAAUAAUGAUCCCAUCUUGCGCUCGAAGUUCAACUCUACUAAUUAGUUUAUUCAAAUGUAAAUUAAUUCCGUAAUGAUCGAAGUGUGUAAAUUUUCUACUGUGGAUUUUUUUAGAGUGCAGAUAAACCUGUAUUUAUGCUGGAACCCACCCAAGAGUUGUUGAGACCACUUGAUGGUGAGAAGUACAGUCCACAAAGUCCCAUUAGGAGUCUGUCAUAUUCAUGUGUUGUAGAUCGAGCGAGAGAAAAAGUAUUCCGACUGCCACAGGAAGAUGUGCGAGCUGGUCUUCAAGCCAACUUGAGGUUUUUUAUCUUACAUUCUGCAGCUGUAUUUCUUGUGGAAGAGGAUGAAAUGUAUUUGGAUAAACAGGUGACUAAUAGUUAUAUUUAAGUAUAUCAUAAACAUACAGUCAUGUUCAUUAAAAUCUGCAUGUACAGAAAAUUAAGGUAAAAUUUCUCCUUUUUUAAUUUUAAUUUUGUAACAUUUCUUUUUGGCUUGAACAUGUGUUUUUGUAACUUUAAGGUUGAUGUCUACAAACGUGUCAUCCAUCUCUAUCGGAGUGUUGUUUAG